AGCUAAAUGACGGCGAUCUUUUACAAUGAAAAAGCCUCAUUGUGCGCAUAACCUAUAUAAGACAUUUCUGCUGCAGACUCUUUCUUUGGAAUAAUGUCGGCUGAAUAUGAUAACAGAGACAAUGGCCCUGAAGGCAUGGAGCCAGAUGGGAUCAUUGAGAGCAACUGGAACCAGAUUGUGGAUAGUUUUGAUGAGAUGAACCUACGUGAGACCCUGCUUAGGGGAAUUUAUGCCUAUGGUUUUGAGAAACCUUCAGCUAUCCAGCAAAGGGCCAUUAUCCCUUGUAUCAAGGGUUAUGAUGUGAUUGCUCAGGCCCAAUCUGGCACAGGGAAGACUGCCACCUUUGCCAUUUCCAUCCUUCAGCAGAUUGACGUGGAGCUGAAAGGCACUCAGGCCCUGGUCUUAGCUCCCACUAGGGAGCUGGCUCAGCAGAUUCAGAAGGUGGUGCUUGCCCUGGGUGACUACAUGGGUGCCAGUUGCUAUGCCUGUAUCGGAGGGACCAACAUUCGCAGUGAGGUCCAAAAACUGCAGGCUGAAGCCCCACAUAUUGUGGUGGGAACCCCUGGUCGUGUCUUUGACAUGCUAACUCGCAAAAACCUUUCUUCUAAAUACAUCAAAAUGUUUGUGCUGGAUGAGGCUGAUGAGAUGCUUAGUCGAGGAUUCAAGGACCAGAUUUACGAGAUCUUCCAGAAGCUGUCGAGCAACAUACAAGUUGUCCUACUGUCGGCCACUAUGCCAGCGGAUGUUUUAGAGGUCACAAAGAAGUUUAUGCGUGACCCUAUCCGAAUCCUCGUAAAGAAGGAGGAGCUGACACUUGAGGGGAUCCGUCAGUUUUACAUCAAUGUGGAAAAAGAGGAAUGGAAGCUGGACACAUUGUGUGACCUGUAUGAAACCUUGACGAUCACACAAGCGGUCAUCUUCAUCAACACAAGGAGGAAAGUGGACUGGCUUACUGAAAAGAUGCACGCCAGAGACUUCACUGUUUCUGCUCUGCAUGGUGACAUGGACCAGAAAGAAAGAGACCUGAUCAUGAGGGAGUUCCGCUCUGGCUCCAGUCGAGUCCUUAUUACCACUGACCUGUUGGCCAGGGGUAUCGAUGUUCAGCAGGUUUCCCUUGUCAUCAACUAUGACCUGCCAACCAACAGGGAAAAUUACAUCCACAGGAUUGGUCGGGGCGGUCGUUUUGGCAGAAAGGGAGUAGCCAUUAACAUGAUAACUGAGGAUGACAAGCGAACACUGAGGGACAUUGAGACAUUCUACAACACCACCAUUGAGGAGAUGCCCAUGAAUGUUGCUGAUCUUAUCUAGAAGACUCCUCGUGCCCAUUUUGUCCACCCAUAUCCAAUUAUUUUUAGAAGUAAAGCUUGUUUCCCCAUGAAUACUAAACUUUCUCUUGCUAAAUUCCACCCUGAAUUUACUCUUUCAACAUUUGAAAUAAUUUUGGAAAAAAUAACUUGCUGACCUGCUACAUCUACCUGCCAUUGUCCUUUAUCAACACUGAAAUUCUCUCAGCAGUUUAGACACUGCUCCAAAACAGAGCUGUUUCCAAAAGUACCUUUAAAGUACAGCGACGACAGAAUACUUGCUGAUUGUUGGCAAAUGCUUACAUUAAUUCAGCUGAUGAUACAGUGAUUUGAAGCUUUUGUGAGAUUUAGCUAUGUGUACAGCAGCACCAGUUAUUGUGCUGCUAGGUAACAGAUGGGUGGUUUGGACUUUACACAACAAUGUUAAUGAAAUGAGAAGUGCUGCGAUUGACUGGCUCAGUAUUCAAACAACCUUCAGUGUACUUGCAUAACUUUCAUCACACACUUGUGAUCAUGUUUACAGCAGUUUUGGGGGUCUAGAAGUACACAGGACAUAAUCAAUAAAAAGAACUGUACAGUGUG